UGAGUGGGAGUGAGCUAGAGUGAUCCUGGCAACAACAGUGUCAACUUGUCAUUUAAAAUUUAAAGCAAACUUUUUUUAAAAUUAAAAUGUCACUAGUGUCAGUCAAGAGUGUCAAGAUUAUUAAUUUAUAAUUUUUAUUAAUUUAAAUUUUCUGGUGGUGUAUUGUGAUUUUCUUCUAACUUCUAAUACAACAUUUAACUUGUAUAUUACACAAAGAAGUGGUGUAUUUUCUGAAUAUUAACUACAAUUUUCAAUUUAUUUAUUAGUUAUGGAAGUUAAGCUUGAAAUAAAGGAAGAAUUGGAGGAAUAUGAACAAAAUUAUGUGGAACCUCAGUUAUUAUCAUCAAUAGAUAUUCAAGAAUGUAAAAGUGAAACAGAAGCCAGUUGUUCAGGUUUUGACCUCAAAGAAGAGAGAAUCGAAAUGAUGAAAGCACUUUCUGAACAAUCAGUACCUGAACAAGAAUCAGUGACUCAAUGCUUUGAAGAAAAGACAUUAAAUUUUGCAAUUGGUCCUGAAGAAUUUUCACACAAGAACAAUUUCAAGGAACCUAUGAAAUUUCUUUCUGGAGAAGAUCUUCAUAAAUGUCAUGUUUGCUAUAAGCUGUUUACUGAAAAAGGUACCUUCAAUGACCAUAUGAAAGGUCACGGAGAAAGACCUUACAAAUGUGGAAUUUGUGUUAAAGAUUUUACUAAAAAAGCUGGUUUAAAGCAGCACCUGAAAGUUCACACUGGGGAGAAACCUUAUACAUGUGCAAGUUGUUUGAAGCAGUUCUCUACAAAAAAUAAUUUAAUUGUGCAUACAAAAAUAAUUCACACUGGAGAAAGACCUUAUAAAUGUGACAUUUGCAAGAAGCAGUUUUCUCUAAAAAAUACUUUAAGGGAACAUAUAAAAGUUCAUACUGGAGAAAGACCUUACGAGUGUCCAAUUUGUCUUAAGAAGUUUGCUCAUAAAUGUCAUCUAAAUGAGCAUAUGAGAAUUCAUACAGGACAGAGACCUUACCAAUGUGAAAUUUGUAUGAAGCAAUUUAUUACGAAAUAUCACUUAACUAACCAUAUGAAAGUUCACAGUGGUGAGAGACCUUACCAAUGUGAAACUUGCAAUAAAAGUUUUCCUCAGAGACAUCAUUUAAAUGAACAUAUAAAAGUUCAUAUUGGAGAGGGUCCUUACAAAUGUGAAAUUUGUGGUAAACAUUUUACUUGUGAGCCAAGUUUAAAUAAACAUAUGAAAAGUCACACUGAAGAGACACCUUACAAAUGUGAAAUUUGUGCCAAGAACUAUGCUAAUAAAUGUUCUUUAAGUAAACAUACGAAAACUCACACUGGCGUGAGACCUUAUAGAUGUGAAAUUUGUGCUAAGCAGUUUAUUGAGAAAUGCACUUUAAAUCAACAUAUGAAGAUUCACACUGGAGAGAGACCUCACGAGUGUCAAAUUUGUCUUAAGAAGUUUGCUCAAAGUUUUCAUCUGAGUAGACAUCUGAAAAUUCACACUGGACAAGGACCUUCUUCGUCUAAUGACGCUAUGUCCUUUGGUGAGUCUUGGCCAGCUUAACAAUGUACUUCCAUUCCGGUACGUUGUUUAUCCAUCUUUUAUGGGGCCUUCCUCUUGUUCUAUUUCUUUGGGGCUUCCAUCUCUGGAUUACUUUUCCAUCCACCCAAUGGCACUACGGCACAAACUGGGCCUUGGCCUCCUUCGGCAAGUUUCUCCAAUCAUUUUGAUUUACUGCUGUUUUUUCCAUGAAAGCGUUUUUAGGAGGUUUUUGGCAUCCUCAUGUACUUCGUCUUCCAAUCUCAUUUUUAGUCUUCGAACAGGUCUUUUUCCUUGUAUUUAGCAAUUUUCUAGCGAUUCUAUUUUCAUGCAUGCGGGCCAUGUACUCUACAUCGUAAUAUCUGCAGUUUAAUGUAUUGUGCUAGAGUUGGUUCACUAUAUUGUUCGUAUAUUUAUUUAUUAUACCUAAUUCGUCAAUUUUCACUUAUUGGGCCCAGUAUCCUACGUAAUAUUUUUCUUUCAAACACUUCUAAUGCGUUGGCAGAUCUCUGUGUCACAACUCAUGUUUCACAACCAUAACUUACUAUGGGCCUGAUAACUGUUUUAUAGAAUCGGAGUUUUGUUUUCCGGUGUACUUCUCGCGAUUUCAAUAUGUGGCCCAUCGCGAAAUAGGCUUUAUCUGCCAGCAUAAACCUUUCUAUUUAUUUCCGGUUCUUCUUCAUUGUUUGCGACCAGGUCCGCGCCUAAGUACGUGAAUCUAUUCACAUGUUCUAUAUCGUCUAUAAAGUGUUUCCUAAAGAGUUCUGCACUCUGUUUCAUCUCAGUGUAGGUUUCUUUCGCCGCGUUCAUUGUUCGGCUUAUUAUCUUAUUCUGCUGUUUAUAUCAUCAGCGUAUGCUGCUAAUUGGGUAGAUUUGUUUGUAAGUGUGUUAUUUCCGCUCACCGUCAAUCGUCCAAUUACAUUAUUCAAGAACAAGAUUAAAAAGUGUUGGAGUCGGUUCGUCGCCUUGUUUCAGUCCUUGAAUGCAUACAUAUGCUUCUGUUUCUGUCAUUGUCAUUUGCACUAGUCGUAUUAAUUUUGAUGGUAUGCCAAAUUUUUGCAAUAUAUUAGGUAGACUUGUUCUAUGAGAGAGAUAGAGAUUCAGAUUUACAAGAAAAAAUUGUUCAACUCUUACUUACUUACUUAUCCUCUUCGUUCCCACUGGAACAUAGGACAUCUACUGUCACUGUCCAUUUUUGCCGAUCUUUUGUUUUUUCUCUGACUUCUUGGUUAGGCCGAUGUUUUCUGCUCCUUUAAUAAUUGUUUUCUUCCAUGUAUUUAUCGGCCUCCCCUGUUUCCGUUUUCCUGGAGGUUGGAAUUCCAAUGCUUGUUUUGUUAUGUCUGUGUCUGGUUUCCGCACAGUAUGGCCCACCCAUUUCCAUCUUCUCUUUCUUAUUUUUUUUAUGUAUUGGUUCUUGCUUCGUUUUUUUCCAUAAGUUUGAGUUUGUGAUCCGGUUGGGCCAAAAUAUUCUUAGAAUUUUUCGUAAGCAUUUCUUGAUGAAGGAUUGAAUAUUUUCGGUGUUGUGUUUUGUUAUUCUCCAAGUUUGUGAUCCGUAUAAUAGUACUGCCUUUACAUUAGUAUUGAAGACUUGUUCAACUCUGAAGUCGGGUAAAGCCAAAUCAGCAGAAUGCGAUGAGACUUGCAUUAGUUUAUAGAUUUAUAUUUUGUUUAGUUCAAGGUAGUGGUUUUUUGAAAAUUUAAUUGGUGAGUUUAAGAAAUAUAUAAUAUGUACUUAUAAAAUAGCAGAUGACUUUUUAUUUGAAAUAGCACUAUGAAUUUCCGUCAAUGGGUCUUUUGAAUAAAAAGAAGUAUUUGCUUUUAUGAAAGUUCAUACUGGAACUGCUUACAAAUGCGAAAUCUGUUUUAAACAAUUUUAUAAAACAACACAACUAAGGUUUACUAAAUGCUACGUAUGGUCGGUGCUGCUGUAUGACAUAGAGGGAUGGACAUUCAAAACGAGGGAUAUAAAUAGAUUAGAAGCUUUUGAGAUGUAACUUUAUCGCCGUAUCCUAAAGAUCCCAUGGACGGCGAAAGUCACAAAUGUAGAUGUCCUUAAAAGAAUCAACCAAGGACACCAACUUUUCGAAACCAUCAAGAAAAGGAAAACGGGGUAUCUGGGUCACAUCAUGCGAAACGAAAAAUACCAGUUCCUUCAACUUAUAUAAUCGAGGGUAAAAUUGAAGGCAAGAGAGCAAUUGGACGCAAGAAAAUGUCCUGGCUCCGAAACAUAAGGCAAUGGACGGGUAUUAACGACAUACAAUCUCUGAUACACAUUGCAAGAAACAGUUAAUGGAAAAUGUGAUCGCUGACAUCCAUUAGUGGAUUUGCAUCCGAAGAAGAGAAGAUAAAACAACUCAUUUACAUGAAAACAUGAAAAUUCACAAUGGAGAAAGACCUUAUAAAUGUGAAAUUUACGUUAAGAUUUUACUAUAAAAUAUGAUUUAAAGCAACACCUGAAAGUUCACACUGGGGAGAAACCUUUCAACUGUCGAACUUGUUAUAAGCGGUUUUCUACAAAAAAUAAUUAAUUGAGCAUAAAAAAAUUCACCCGGAGAAAGACCUUAUAAAUGUGACAUUUGCUUGUAGCAAUUUGCUCUAAAAAAUACUUUAAAAGAACAUAUAAAAGUACAUACUGGGAAAAGACCUCACGAGUGUCAACUUUGUCUUAAGAAGUUUGCUCAUAGAUGUCAUCUAAAUGAACAUAUGAGAAUUCAUACGGGAGAGAGACCUUACAAAUGUGAAAGUAUGAAGCAUUUUAUUACGAAAUGUAACUUACGUGAUCAUAUGAAAGUUCACAGUGGUGAGAGACCUUACAAAUGUGAAAUUUGCAAUAAAAGUUUUCGUCAAACACAUAAUUUUACUGAACAUAUCAAAGUUCACAUUGGAGAGAGACCUUACAAAUGUGAAAUUUGUGGUAAACAUUUCACUUGUGAAUUAAGUUUAAAUAAACAUAUGAAAAGCCACACCGAAGAGACACCCUAUAAAUGUGAAAUUUGUGCUAAGCAUUUUGCUAAUAAAUAAUGUUCUUUAAGUAAACAUACAAAAACCCACACUGGUGUGAGACUUUAUAGAUGUGAAAUUUGUACUAAGCAGUUUAUUGAGAAAUGCACUUUAAAUCAACAUAUAUGAAAGUUCACACUGGAGAAAGACCUCACGAGUGUCAAAUUUGUCUUAAGAAGUUUACUCAAAGUUUUCAUCUGAGUAGACAUCUGAAAAUUCACACUGGAGAAGGACCUUCUUCUAAUGACGGUACGUCCAUUGGUGAAUCUUGGCCUGCUUAUUAAUGUUCUCCCAUUCUGCCCUGUCGGAUACUAUCCUUCGCCACUGGCUGAUGUUCAUGAUUUUAAGAUCUUCCUAUUCGUCUAUCCAUCUUUUACGGGGCCUUUCAUCAUCAUCAGUGGCAUUACAGCUCUUUAUGAGCCAAAGCCUUCUUCAGAACAAUCCUCCAUUCGAUCCUGUCUCUGGCAACUCUUCCCCAUGCUCUAAUUCCAAUAGAUUUCAAAUCAUUUUCUAGUUUGUCUUGGUACCUAAGUCUCGGUCUUCCUCUUGCUCGUUGUCCUAUCGACCCUCUUCGGUCAAAAACUUUUCUGAAUAUGGCAUCUUAAUCUAGCCUGAUUACAUGCCCUAAUUAUCUAAAGCGUGAUACCUUAAUAAAUAUUACAACGUCAGGUUCUCCAAAACUUCUGUACAACCCCAGGUUGUAACGCCUGCGCAACAAACCUUGUUCUUUUAUCCCGCCAUAUACUCUUCUUAGGAUCAUUCACUCGAACCGUUUGAGCAGUUCUUGGUCAUUCUGUGUAAGUGACCAAGUUUCUGAACCAUAUACAGGGUGUCCCGGAAAAUAGUGCGUUCCUUUAAGGUAUGGAGAGAAUACACAAUUUGGAACAAAAAAGUCCUAUACCAUUUUUUUCUAAAGUUAACCGUUUCCAAAAAAAAGUUAACAUUGUUUUCCAUAUACCUGUAUUUUAAUGUUUGGAAAUUUUAAUAAACUGGCAACAUCGUACGCACUACGGCAUAAUAACAUAAUAAGAACUCGUUUGUGAUUGUGAUUAACACUAUUUAAAAUAAUCCAACCUAAUAGUAGGUAAUACUUAUGUAUUUACUAUUUGUUUACUAAAAUUAUUUUCUUUUGAAAUGUAUUGAAAUACCUAUUGCAUAAUUUUAAACGAAUUACACAUCUUUUAACAUAAAAACACAUCUUUUAAUUAAACUAGUAUUAUGUAUUUAGUAAGGUUUAAAUGGGUUGAAUGCUGAGUAUUGCUGAGGGCUUUAACUGAAUUACAUAGUUUUAAUAGUUUACAGUGGAACUUAAAUACACCAGAUAAUGUCUCAGUAAUUUGUUUACUUGUGAACUGAAAUAACUAAGUUGUACUUACUUGAAAAUAAUUAAUAUACCGAAUAGAUGUUUCAAGUAACCUUUCACAAACACCAUUCAUAGGUAAUAACAUAAUAGGUAAUACACUCACUAUUCGAAAACAUUUUCGGCAUUGACACUAAACAGGAUUCUUUAAAACUAUCUGUUUACUAUCAUCUUCUAUCUAUUUACAUGGGACUGUCUAUGCUUAAAUUUGCGUACCGCACAUAGUUGUCAGAUUUAAAUUUGGAUACAAAAUACAUUUUAAUUUUUUGGUCAAACGGUUGCAUUUAGAAAAAAAUGUUAUAAGAGUUUUUUGUUCUACAUGGUGCCUUCUACCUAUACCUUUAAGGAACGCACUAUUUUCCGGGACACCCUGUAUUAGCAUUGGUCUUAUUAGUGUUUUGUAGACAGUCAAUUUCAUUUUUCUAAGUAGCUUUGAGACCAUCUGUCUUCUUGGAGACAUGGUAACACUUAUUGGCGAGCACUAUUCUUUUAUUUCCUUUUUAAUUUCAAUUUAAUUUCUUUACAUGGCCUUCCUCUCAUUCUGUGUGAGACUUGCAUUAGUUUAUAGAUUUGUGUGUUUAGUGCAAAGUAGUGAUUUUUUUUAACAUUUAAUUGGUCAGAGAGAGAGAGAGAGAGAAGAGCGAAUUAGUUCGUUGUAGACCAAUGAAAUUGUACAGUUUGACAAAUAUAUAAUACUUAUUACAAAAUA